UUCGUUCAACGUGAAGAGUGGAGAAAGACCAUUUAAGCAGGCAGGAGUCCGUAACGGCGCAUUCGAGUAGGUUAUUUGGGAAUAGAGAACAACAUACUUCUUUAUUGUCCAUCAAGAAAGGCAGUCCAUUACGUAGACAAAUAUAUAAUAAAUCCAACUGUAUGUGCAAUUGGGGACGUCUGCUAGAAGAAACAUUACCUUAACCUCUGUCUUGGAACAUUUUACCAUUACGUUUUUAAUAGCGUGUUAGCCUGAUAUAACAAGAUAUGUGCGAAGGCCUUCUUGACAGCUGGCGAACGUUACCUGACAGAGCGGUAACUUACGGUGUACUAGUAAACACUAACUAAAGGAUUUUUUUAUUUGGACCAUAUUUAAGCGACAGAAAGUACAUUGGUAAACUUGGCUGGCUAGCAAACGUUCAUGCUAGUUGUGGGUGCGGAACUAGCGAGUUACAGUCAAGUCAGGAAGAACGCGGUUGUCUAUCUACCACACCGGUUGUGCUAGUAUGGGCUUGCUGUCACAAGGGUCGCCGUUGAACUGGGAAGAAACAAAAAAGUAUGCAGACUAUGUCAGGAAACAUGGUAUUAUUCAGUUCCUCAACAUCUACAACAAGGUGAAAGAACGGCAGAAGGAUGUGUUGAAAUGGGGCGAUGAGGUGGAAUACAUGUUGAUUGAAAUAGACGAAAAGAAUGAAAAGGUUCGUCUUGUGCUGAAUGGUGGAGAGGUUUUGGAAACGCUUCAGGAAAGAGGUGAAAACAGUAACCCCAACCAUCCCACCCUAUGGAGGCCAGAAUAUGGCAGCUACAUGAUUGAAGGGACUCCAGGACAGCCGUAUGGAGGGACUAUGUCAGAGUUCAACACAGUGGAGGACAACAUGGGGAAAAGGAGGAGAGAAGCCUUGUCAGUCCUCAAUGAGAAUGAAACACUCUGCACCAUCACAUCAUUCCCAAGGUUAGGAUGUCCAGGGUUCACCCAACCAGAGUACCGCCCCACACCUGUUGAAAAAGGAGUGUCAAAGUCAUUGUUCUUCCCAGAUGAAGCCAUAAACCGACACCCAAGAUUUAGCACAUUGACCCGGAACAUUCGUCAUAGAAGAGGGGAAAAAGUGGUUAUCAAUGUACCAAUAUUCAAAGACAAGAGUACUCUGUCUCCUUUUGUGGAGAAGUUCCUUGAGGAUGACGGGGAGGCAGCCAAGGCAUCUCUCCCUGAUCACAUCUACAUGGACGCCAUGGGCUUUGGGAUGGGCAACUGUUGCCUUCAGGUGACAUUCCAAGCUUGCAGCAUUGAUGAGGCUCGGUACCUUUAUGACCAACUAGCAACAUUCUGCCCUAUUGUGAUGGCCCUAAGUGCUGCGUCACCCUUCUACAGGGGGUAUGUGUCAGACAUAGACUGUCGCUGGGGAGUUAUCUCUGCCUCGGUGGACGACCGGACGCAGGAGGAGAGAGGCCUGGAGCCUUUGAAGAACAACAAAUACAGGAUCUUGAAAUCGAGAUAUGAUUCAAUAGACAGCUACCUCUCCAGCUGUGGUGAAAAGUACAAUGACAUAGAUCUUACCAUAGAUGAGGAGAUCAAUAAACAGCUUCUAGAUGCAGGGAUUGACAAAUUGCUGGCACAACACAUCGCCCACCUUUUCAUCCGGGACCCACUGUCUCUCUUCCAGGAAAAGAUUAAUCUGGAUGAUGAAAACGAGUCUGAACACUUUGAGAGCCUCCAGUCAACUAACUGGCAGACGAUGAGGUUUAAACCACCCCCUCCGAACUCAGACAUUGGCUGGAGGGUGGAAUUUCGCCCUAUGGAGGUUCAACUAACUGAUUUUGAGAACUCUGCCUAUGUAGUCUUCGUGGUUCUGCUCACCAGGGUUAUCCUGUCGUAUAAGCUGGACUUCCUCAUCCCCUUAUCAAAGGUUGACGAGAACAUGAAAGUUGCUCAGAAGAGGAAUGCAGUCAAAGAGGGCAUGUUCUACUUCCGGAAGGACAUCUUUAAAGGAUGCAACCCAGUGGACGGUUCCUCUGCAGCCCAGAAUGGCCUGGAUAUAGAUGCCGAUGGGGAGAUGUACACUCUGAUGAGCAUCGACACCAUUAUCAAUGGAAAGGAAGGAAUAUUUCAGGGGCUGAUCCCCAUCCUGAACUGCUAUCUAGAGAACAUGGAGGUGGAUGUUGACACCAGAUGCACCAUCCUCAACUACCUGAAGCUAAUCAAGAAACGUGCCUCAGGUGAACUGAUGACGAUGGCGAAGUGGAUGAGGGAGUUUGUUGCUCACCACCCUCAGUAUAAGCAGGACAGCGUCAUCACUGACAAGAUCAACUUUGACUUUAUUCGGAAGUGUGACAGGAUUGCAAAAGGGGAAGAGAAGUGCCCAGAACUCAUAGGAGAACCAGUCAAUCGGGGCAAAUAAUGGUGCAGACUGAGUGAAUGUGUUACCAUGCAUUGUUUAAAAAAUAAAUAAAAGCAUGUGAAGAAAGACCAAAUAUGUAGCUGGACAAUGAAGUGGUCCAAAAGGUUUUAAGAGAUCUAAAGUUGCAUGUGUGCAUUGUAAUGGUCAAGUGGGUCUGUAUUGAAGUUGUAUAUACUGUAUCAGAUUUUUACAAUUCCAAAAUUAUUUUAAUAGAUUGAGAGAUGCGAACAGGUAUGUAAUAGUAAUCAUGUGUGUGUGUGUGUGUGUGUGUGUGUGUAUAUAUAUAUAUAUAUAUAUAUAUAUAUAUAUAUAUAUAUAUAUAUAUAUAUAUAUAUAUAUAUAUAUAUAUAUAUAUAUAUAUAUAUAUAUAUAUAUAUAUAUACUUUUACUUAGUGUCGAAGAAAAACAAAACAACGUUUUAUGGUUGAGAUUAUCUAAAUGUAGUUAAGAGUUGUACAUUAGGUAUGAUUUUUAUCAUGUGGUUUGUAAAUAGUGCACUUCCACUAAACCAAACUUUAAUAGAGGGGGUAUUUCUUUGCCAGAUUUUGUGGGACAUCUGCAUUUUGUCAGAUUAUUUUUGCCUUUUAAAAGAGAGAUGCUUGUUGAUUAUUUUGUUGUUAUUUGCUGUGCUAAUAAUGUAUUAGAACCUAGAGUAGGAUAAUGUUGAAGUGCAGACGCAAGUGAACAUUUUGCUUGGAAUGUGUCUCUUUGAAUAAAUCUGUGUACAGCAACA